ACCUUUAAAAGCCCUCUCAGAAAAAGGUUACAACGUCAUCUUCCCUCCAUCCCCAAUUUCCAGCUUCAACGCCUUCGCUGACUCCCUUAACCCCUUUUACCCUCCACUCUCUUUCUCUCUCUUCGAUCAACCCCCUUUUUCUCUCUCUUCUUUAUUCAGUUUGUCACAACUUAGGAAUGAGUUAACUUUGAGGGAAAUUGACAUUUUCUCCCUCUUAAAGUCGAAGUACCCUACCUGUAUUAGUAGGAUCUUGAGACAUUAUGUCCAACAAGAGAGAGAAAGAAGCAGGAAGAGAGAAGAACUCUGGUGGUCAGGGCCUUGUAUUGCUCUCUAAUAAUAUUGGUACUGGUAAACCUACACGCACUGGUAAAUUGUCUGAUAAUUCAGUGCGAAAAAGCUGUUCUGCGACUGUUCCUUGCAGUCCAAAUAAAAUUAAGAAGGCAGAGGAAUGUACAGGUGCUGCUAAAAAAGCUGCUAAUAAUGGGGGUGUUUCUGAGACUGAACCCAAGAAAUCUGGAGCUAAAACCGUUUCCUCCCGUGUCUGGAAAGCUAGAGAUUCUGUUGAAGUUAAACAUACUGCAUCUGAGGAAGCAGGUGAACAGGAAACAGCCCAGGUGACUCCACCUCCUAGGAUUGUAAAACGGACGGAUAAGAAAACAACAGAAAAGGUUGCAUCCCCUCAGCAGGUAUGGAGAGAGAAAGCGCAACCUGAGUCCACUGAUACGAAGGAGCUUUCUGCAAGAAAACAGCAAUUGCAGUCCACUAAAACAACUGAUUCUAGUCCUCUCACUAGCAAGUCUAAGAAGUCUGCGACUCAAAAAAAGGUUAAAAAUAAGGAACCUUCAUCUAAAGAACAAUCAUCUAAAGGGAAGCAGGUCCAGAAAAAGAAAGCUGAACAUCAUAAAGCUUCUACCAGCAGCAGAUCAGAUUUGGCACCACCGAGUUAUCUUGAAUAUCAUUUAGAAUGGGAUGGUUUUAAUGAACCUGUCAACCAUAUUGGAGUAUGUUGCUCUCUAUGUGAGAUGGAUCUAGGGGUUGCACCAUAUGAUGGUUAUGACGACGGGGAUAGUGAGUUCUCCGCAAUACCAGUAGUAGCAGUUUUGCCUUGUGGGCAUUCCUUUCAUUAUUAUUGCCUGAAUCUUGGUGAGCUUGAAGGACAGCAGGAAGAGCCGCCUUGUAUUUUUUGCGAAAGUUUCAUGUCUUCUUGAAUAUGGAUCCAUUUUUGUCAAUCUUGGUACAGUUUGUUCAUAGUCUUUUUAGAAGAGGCAGUAUAGGUGCAGCAUAAUUCAACCUGAAACAACAGAACAUUUUUGUGUUCUGUUUUGAAAAGGGUUAUAAUGAAUAAAGAUAUACGAAGUAUAUGCCCUUUCAUUGAAGUAUUCUUUAACUUUGAUCA